AUGGAUGACCAAGGGGUGAAUCCUGAACUCUCAAUGGGAGUCAGGAAUGAGACACAGGUGGUGGAAUUUGUCUUCCUGGGUUUCUCCGGCAUUCCGAACAGCCACAUCUACCUCUUCCUGCCAUUCCUAGUCAUUUACUUGGUCACCGUGCUGGGCAACCUCACGAUAUUUACUCUGAUUCAACUGGACUCCAGCCUCCAUACGCCCAUGUAUUACUUCCUCAGCCAUCUCUCCUGCCUCGACAUCUCCCUCUCCUCUGUCACAGUCCCCAAGAUCCUGGUGAACUUCUUGCGCCAGCGACAGACCAUCACCUACAACCAGUGCAUGGCCCAGAUGUUCUUCCUGCUCUCUUUCACGGGGACGGAGGCUGCAAUGUUGGCUGUCAUGGCCUACGACCGCUAUGCGGCCAUUUGCCAACCUUUGCAUUACUCCCGCCUCAUGAGCACCAAGGUGUGUGCCAUUUUAGCCUUUGCCACCUGGGUCUGGGGCUUCCUAAAUUCUGCUCUCCAUACAGCGCUCAGCACCACAUUGUCCUUUUGUAGCAGCAACCAGAUCAGUCACAUCUUGUGCGAUGUCCCCCCACUGUCGAAAAUUGCUUGCAAUGAUGCCCACAUCAAUGAAAUGGUAGUCCGCAUAGCAAGCUAUUUUGUGGGUGGGGGACCCUUCUUCUUCCUCGUUUUCUCCUACUCCUUAAUUCUGCGCUCCAUCCUGAAGAGCCAUUCCACCACCGGCAAGCGCAAAGCUUUUUCCACCUGUGCUUCUCACCUCAUCGUUGUCAUCAUUUACUAUGGAAAUGGACUAGUUAACUACAACCGUUCAAGCAUUGGUGGUGACUCCAUGGAGACUGACACCCUGGUCUCCAUCAUGUACUGCAUGGUCUCCCCCAUGCUGAACCCCCUCAUCUACAGCCUCCGCAACAAGGAGGUGAAGGGGGCCCUGAAGAAGGUGCUGGGAAGCCAGAGGAAGAAAGGUUAA